AUGAAUUGCCAAAAAGCGAUCAGUGUGACAAAUGAUAUAUUAGACACUAAGGUAAAUUCAUCUUCUAUUUCUAUCGAUUUGAAAAUCAAGACGAGUGAAGAAGCCAAAAAAGUAUUACUGGAAACUGGGAUAAAUGUAUUGCCUUCAGAUACAAAAACUAAUAUUAUUAAACCACCUGUAUCUCGACCUCCUAUCUCUAUUUUACCUGAUGAUCUAAAUUCAGUAUCCUGUCCUAUAUGCAAUAAAGAUCAUAAAAAAGAAAAUAUAAGAGAUAAUAUAGAAGAUCUAAGGCGCGGAUUGAAGGCUGAGGAUCCAUUAUCUGAUGGGAUAUAA